AAACAGCAGCAGAGAGCAGUUUGUGGUUCUUCUUUGGAGGUUCAUUGGUUGUAUUGCCUUGUCUAGAUGAAGUAUGAUGAAGUUGUGUUAGCUGUAGUCUGGAAUUUGCUGUUUGCCUUUAUGCACAUGGCUGACUAUGACCUUCUGCUGAAGUUCAUGGUAGUUGGUGAUGCAGGUGUUGGCAAGUCUUCUCUCCUCGUACGCUUUGCUGAUGGGACCUUUGUCGACAACUAUCUUUGCACCAUUGGCGUGGAUUUCCGGAUCCGCCGGAUGUUUCUGGACGGAAGGCAUCUGAAAGUGAACGUCUGGGAUUUGUCGGGGAACCCACGCUUCAGUCUCAAUGCCCUGGCGCGGGCGGCCUAUUCCGGCAUCAAAGGAGUUUUGGUGAUUUUCGACAUGACGGACAGAGAGACUUACAACAAUGUCCUACAUUGGAUCGAGGAGGUACGGCCCAGACGAGAUCAGGAGAUGUGUAUGAUUUUGAUCGGCAACAAAGCGGAUCUGUCGCACCGCCGCGUGGUGUCCUACGAGGAGGCGGCCAGUCUGGCGCAACGGAUGGACAUGAAGUAUUUGGAGACCUCGGUGAAAACUCAGCAGAAUGUGGAAUUGGCUUUCGAGACCUUAGCGCAGGAGGUGAUGCGGCAAUACUUCCCACGUCGACGAGAUGAUGUGAAGCAAAGGGAGAGCUGCUUUUGUCUUGGAGGUGCCACAGGGAGUAUGGCCACAUCGAGGAUGUUGGUGAUUGGGGCAUGAUCCUCGAGAUGCUCAUGGUGCCGAUUUCCUGGUAGAGCUUCCAACAGACCAUCACAGAUGAUGGGUCAUCAUCUUCAUACUCGUGGCGAUGAAGAGCCGCUCGCGGUCUUUGUGGAUUUGCUCCGUCCAAGUGGCGAACACGGCCACGGUCUCCUAUGUGAGUCGGGAGGUCCAGCAGUUCAGGUCCAGGUCUCCUAUGCCGCUUUGUGAUGAUCUGGUGGACAUGGCAGAGGGGAAGCCCUGUUCAAGAGCUGCUCCUUCACUUCUACGUCGAACUAAAGGAUUUGAGAGCAGGACGCUGCGGCAGUCACUUGCUAUUCUGCCAAGGGAGAAUGGGAGGAGUGGCCUGUGAGAGUGUGAGUUGGUGUGAGGCAGGAUGCAGGCAGGUCGGCCAAAGUUGCUUGGUACUGCGCAGCACUGCGGA